UAUAAUAUUUAUGAAUGCAAGGCAACCACUGUUUUUUUUCCAUACAACAUAGCCAUCAAGAUAGACUGGUUGAAGAGAAGAGAUGUGUCAUUAGCAAGGGAGCUGGAGUCCACUUUACUCAAUUCCUCUCUAUUGCCCACUUUAUUUUAAUCACAGCAAAAUCUGACAGGAAAGUAUUUGAUGUUGGUCCAUUGCUAUCAACAUUACGGAUACUACAACAGUGUCAUUUGUCCAUAUCCUCACCUCACCUGUCUGUUUGUGAUGUCACAUUGCUUUUGUGACACUUGGAUUGACAAUUCUGUAGGAGCUGGGAAGUUAGUUUUUCUACCCUUAAAACAAAUAACAAUUAGAAUAGAAAGACAGAAAAUUUGUGUUUCCUUCACUGGGUAAUUACCAGCUUCUUAAUAACCUUGUGUGCCGAAGAAAGGAGUAGUGAUUUCAAUGAUGAAUAGGAUGAGAUUUUUUCAGAACUUCCCACCACUAGCCACUCAUCGGUCACUGGGAAAGAAGGUGAACUUUGUUGCACAAACCAGAUCUGGUCUGAACUUGCCACCGCUAGUCAUAUAUCAGAAACUGAAUACCUACGACAGCCAGGAAGAUAUAGACUGUGCAUUCCUAAAGCUUUCUGACCUUUAUGGCAAUUUGAAAGACCCACUAAAGGAGCUGCUGCUUCAGUGUGCUUAUGAAGAUGAUGAAAAAAGUUUUAAAGUCUCCUAUUUCGAUACGUAUCCAGUGAAGAAACUACCUCAGGAUAUAUAUUCUUCACCACCACCACAUCACAUGCCCCUAGUAAAAAGAUUUUUUUCCAACAAGGCAGCCAUAGAACAUAAAGUCCAAGAGGUUUACAGACAAGAUACUCCAAUGGCAACUAUAGUCGCAAGAUGGACACCAAAGAGUAUGUCAACACAGUAUGACCAGAAAUCAGUGCUUCGAGAGCUUGCGAAAUUUGGUGAGAUUGAAUCCGUGACUCCUUUCGGAAGACAAACGGUCGUUGUCACAUUUAGAGAGAUCCGCUCAGCUUGCAAAGCCAUGAGAGCUUUCCCACCUAAUGGCCCGGAAAGAAAUAUGCGAUGUUUCUGGCAUCACAAAUUCAUGUCCAAAUAUAAAGCACCCAAAUUCCGGAAGACCAAAAACUCAGCAACGUUACUAACCAUGCAAUUAAAGUAAUGGUGUCAUCUAUAUAAUAAGUGGAUUACCCUUGUCAGCAUUAAGGCACAAUCUGGAUAGGUAACUGAACUAUUAAUUAAAGGACUGUUGUUCUUGUGAUAAGGAAACUAGCAUUAUAAAAUGGAAUUUUGCAUUGCUAACAAGACAUCAGAGUUUUGAUUUCUUCUGGAAAAAGUUCAUUACAGCAUUCAUGCACUCAUCAGAUGCCCAUAUUUCUUGGAGGCAAGCACAUUCUUUAGAGUUAGCUUCAUUUAGCUUCUCUUUGUCCGUCCUUCGUAUUAACUGUUUAGAGAGUUUCAAGGACUGUGAAAAGAGAGAUCAAUUAACCAUCUGUUAAUUCCAUGCUAUAUUUUUUAACAAUUGUGAAAAACAUUAAAAGGUACACAC